AUGUUUGGCGCGCAUCGUCAAGUUGAGAACCGAGAACCAAUGCUCUUGCGUGGUCCAUGCAAUCCGAGUGUACCGGUCCAUUGCACCGUCCUCAUCAAGAAGCGCCCAUGCGGCAUCCCUCAUCGCAUCGUUAAAGUCGAUCCGGCUACAAAGUUCGGUCUUGACAACAUACCUUUCAGCUUCACCCGGGGCAAUUCGGCGGCGGCGAAGUUCUUGCCUGAGAGCAAGAAGCGGGGCUAUGCCGAGCGAAUGGCAUGGCGCUCAAGACUGUCAGGAAGUGCGAUUCUGUGA